AUGUCUGGAGUUCAAGAUGAUGUGGUUAACAACCUGAAGGUUGUUAUUGCGGAAACGUUGAAGACUUUGCCCAACUUUAACGAAGAUGUCAACUAUGUGGCUGAAUACAUCGUGCUGUUGAUGUCUAACGGCGGAAAUUUAGAAUCAGUCGUUCAGGAACUCACUUCACUGUUUGAUACCGUGCCAGCUGAGGCGUUCCAAAAUGUUGCUCAAAACGCUUACAAGGCGAUGGAAUUUCUGCAAAGUGGAGAUUCCUUGGAAACGGCGGUGGCCAAACUGACGGGUCAACAUCAACAACAACAACAACAACAACAACAACAACAACAACAACAACAACAACAACAACAACAACAGCAACAGCAGCAACCAGCUGCGCCCCAACAUCAACCCAUAAUGCAUGAACAGGAAAACUCUGCGCCUCAACCGCAGAUUCCCCAGCAACCGUCAGCGUUUGGAAUGGGUACUGAAAGCUCUAUUUUCGCCUCUGCCUCAACGCAACCGAAGUCUGCCUUUGAAGGCUUGGUGGACGUUUCUGCUGCUCCAGCGCACACUUCCAACUCUGCCGGAAUCGCGAAGGCAGGCCACUCUCAACGUGGCGGAGGAGUUAGCAAAUUCGGCAGCCGUGGCGGGCGUGGGGAGCGCCCAGAGCGCCCUGAUCGUUCUGAUCGUGGAGGAUUCAAUAAAGGUGGAAUCAACAAAAAAAAUAAUAAUCACAGUAAUAACGCUUUAGCAAUGGCCUUAGGUUUGGAGGAACCAAACAUCAACUUCGUUUCCAAGAAGCAAGGUCGCUGCCAAGUGUUUCCACGCUGUCCCCUGGGUAAGACCUGCCCACACGCGCAUCCCACCCAGGCAUGCAGAGAAUAUCCCAACUGCCCCAACCCCCCUGGAACAUGUAAUUACUUACAUCCUAACGAGGACGUGGAACUGAUGAAAGAUAUUGAAAGAACCCGCGAGGAGUUUCGUGAAAAGAGGGCGGCAUUUGCCGCUGCCAGGAACAAGCCCGAACGUACUGGGAUUGUUUUAUGUAAAUUUGGGCUUUUGUGUUCUAACCAGCAGUGUCCAUUCGGUCAUCCAACCCCAGUCAACGAGGACGCUAAAGUUAUUACUUUUGCAUGGUGCCCUGAAAAUCUGAAUUGUCAAAACCCUGCUUGUGACAAGGCUCAUAGUUCCGCAUCGAAGAUCAAAGAAGUUGCUCCCGUCGUUUCACGCAAACCUCAACGUCCGGUCGUGGAGAAGUCUUUGGAACAGUGUAAAUUUGGUGCCAAUUGUACCAAUAAAAGGUGCAAAUUCAGACACGCACGCUCGCACAUUAUGUGUCGCGAAGGUGCGAAUUGCACAAGAAUCGAUUGCCUUUUCGGUCAUCCAAUAAACGAGGAUUGUAAGUUUGAUGUUGAAUGUCGAAACAUUUAUUGUUUGUUCAAACACCCUGAAGGUCGGCAAGUUCCACAGAAGCCUUCACAGGCGUCCAGCACGAACAACAACGACAACAACGACAGUAACAACCCUAACAUGUGGAAUAACUCGGAUUCACAGUCUGAAAAUAGAUCGACUAAUGAACGCGCUUUCGCUGUGCCCGAUAAUCAAGUGAUCGAGUCCGCGCCAGCGCAGGAAAAUGAUGCGAUCAUGGGAUAG